AUGGCACCCAGCCGCACGUGGGAGGACCUCUUCCCGCAAGACGUUCAGAUCCUCAUCGCUGGCGCCCUCUCUGUGUCGUGCGACCCGCUGUGCCGACCACCAGUGGCAGCAGCGGCUGUCGCCGGCGUGUCCCACGCUCUUCGCGAGCUCCUCCGGCCGGCGCUUGAGGAAAUGCGGGCAGCGUGGACGAAAUCAGGCGAGAUGGCGACAUCGCUGGGCAUGACCAGGGAGCAGGUCGAGUCCGCCACCGUGCUGUGCCCGGCAUCAGGCUUCGCGGCCGGCCACGCCGUCACGCUGGGCGAGCUCAUGCCGUUGCUGCGAGGUUUGCUCCGCCUCGACCUCGCGCACAAGAGCCUCGGGCUCCGUCCCUUGCGGCCGCUCCUCUCGGCUCUCGAUCACGCCGCAGCGCCGCGGCUUCAAUUCCUCGUCCUCGACGGCAAUCUGCUGGGCGACGAGUUCUGUGGCGCCCUUGCAGCGGUGCUGCUCGAAACCGACUCCCCUACGCUGGCCUCGCUCAAGGAGCUGCACCUCGCACACAACCGCAUCACUAGCCGCGGUAUUGCGGCGCUGUCAGACACGCUCUCUUUCGGGGCGCUGCCGCAAUGCGAGGCCCUCUCGCUGGCGUCCAACAGGGUUGGCGAUGCUGGCGUCGCGGCGCUCGUGAGGAGCAGCAUGGGCGGCGGCGGCGGCCUCAGGAAGCUGCGGCGCCUCUUUCUUCACUCCAACCUCCCCAUCACAAGACUUGGCCUCCGGGCGCUCAGCGCCGCCCUCUGGGACCGCGCCACCCUCCCGGCGUUGCGAGUGCUCCACCUGCCCGCACUCAGCUCGCACGCGCAAGCGCAGCACCCCGCGAUUCCGUGGUAUCCAGACGACGAGACGAUCGCGGCCUCCUCCGCGCGGGGGGUCGACGUGGUGUGGUGCUUCGACCUGUCGGACAGGGCGUAG